CUGAGACACUGUGCCGCACGAUUCGAGAAGCACACCGCUCGAACCACCGGCCGGCGCUUGACAUCGCCAUGAAGCGAAAAAGGAAACCCUAAAUGUGCACCUUUGGGGUUUCCUGCGUCGUUACCUGUAGUGGGAUGUAUGACGUACUUUUAUAAACAUACUGUCAUAUGCACUAUAUCUGUAUACUUGUUUCGUCAUAGGCCACAUACCAAGGGCCUUCUGGGAGACCCCGUACAUUGUCAUAAGACACUCGGGAGGCAGACUCUGGGAUCUAGGACGUAGGCCUGGUCAUAUGUACGUGGGUGUGCCUGCGUUUGUGAAUGCCUGUGGCUGUAUUUGUGUGUAUCCUGCAGAUGCUAAUUCUUUGGAGGAGACAGAUGACAACGGUGUCAUAGUCUCUCUGCGAGCACCCUCACAGGCUAUAAAGAUCAACCGGUAUGUCAGUGUGUAUGGUAUCACAUCACAUGUACACCGAUCUGAGCCAUCUGCGUUUUCGAUGUGCAGCGACACUGGGAAAAUUGAGUGGCGUCUUGGCGGCGAAAGUGCGGACUUUAAGAUUAUCAACGAUCCCCACGGCAGAUUCAUAGGCCAACACGACAUAAGGGCUCCCGGUGGCAAUCGGAUCACUGUGUUUGACAAUGCUCAAAAAGGUGGCGGUCUAUGGAUAACCGCUCAGUUUGCUGUGAUGAGGCGGCCAAGUCGACUACAUACUGUACUGUAGAGCCCCUCAACAGCGUCAUUCAAUCAACGACUCAAAUCAUUCAUUCAUUCAUGCAUUCGUUGACCACUCAUCCAUUCACUCAUUCGCUGACCAAUCUCGAGUCUGGUUCAAUGAGGAGAAGUCUGUUUUCGGUGAGAACGUGUCAGGAGAUGAAGGGAUGGGUCAAACAAGCCAAGAGAUGGAGCAAGUGG